AUGGCUCAGUUAAAGAAAAUUUCUGGCUUAACGAUCAGAACAGACACUGGUGCAUCGUGUUUGGUCUCCUUUGUUGGCAGCUCUGGCCUCUGGGACGCUAGAAAUCGUUUCCACUUCUCUCAGGAAGACACUAAUCCCACCGGAUUGGUCAACAGGUUACUCGAUCACGUGGAUCAACUUCAUUUUUGGAUCGUAAAAUAUGAUGGACGUGACGUGAAUAAUGCAGCAUAUACAGUUACCUUCAGGCUAAGCUAUGAGAUAUACUGCAUCAAAAAGGUCCAGGACACAUUUGAAGAUAAAAAACCCUCAACCGAAACACCAACGAAGUUUCUCAAUUUCUUUGCAGGGUGCUGCAAUCCGAAGAUUUGCGCGGUUAUGGCGGCAAAUGCGCCAUCCAGCCAUCUAUUGCACAUUCUUCGUUCUCAACCAUCUUCUCUGUCUUCGAUAUCGCCAUCUUCACCUUCUUAUGUUUCUUUUCUGAAACCUCUUCUGCUCUUAUCCUCCUCUACUGCUCCCACUGCUGUACCUAAACUCGUUGGACGGAUCCAAAUUCCACAUCGUCGGAAAUCCCUCUUUGCCUCUCCCACUCACCUCUCUAAUCCUUUCUUCUCUCACUCUUUCUCUGCACAUGUGAUUUCUGCUCCUCAGAGACAUUGCGAUGCUGUGGGAGCUGGAGAUUUGGCGGACAUUGCUGAGGACGAUGAAACAAUUGAACCGUACACUGAAGAGAGCGGGAUUGAAAACGAAGAUGAGCAUAUCGAGAUGAGUAGGGGUUCAGAUUUGUCGCCAUUAGAGAGAAACAGGGAGGAGAGGUUGAAGUUGCCCAGUCUCACUGUGAAGGAAAGGAAAGAGCUCGCCUCUUACGCUCAUAGCUUGGGGAGAAAGCUGAAAAGCCAGUUGGUGGGCAAGUCUGGUGUUACACCUAAUGUUGCGACCUCUUUCAUUGAGACCCUUGAAGCUAACGAGCUUCUCAAGAUUAAAAUACACCGGACUUGUCCAGGAGAGCUAGAUGAGGUCGUGAAGCAGCUGGAAGAAGCAACUGGUUCGGUGACUGUUGGUCAAAUUGGUCGGACAGUGAUUAUAUACAGGCCUAGUCUCACCAAAUUGAAGGCAGAAGAGAAGAAGAAGCAAGCUCGAAAAGUGUUUCUGAGAAAACAGCUAAAACCAAAACUAAGUAAGGAGCAAGGGUCAAAGUUUUCGCGGCGGAGAUAAUUUUGGAAACACUAGCUAACAAUUCUUGGUGUACUUAUGUUGAGGUUUGCCCUAUACGGAGUGAGGCUUUGCAUGCAUGGCAUUUAGAAGCUAAAUUCACAAGCAUAUUUUAAGGCAGAUGAAUUUCUAUGGUUAUGUAUAGAACUCUUGUAACUUAUGAAAUCUCGCUGCCGAGGAAGAAUAUUGCAUGUUCUGUACAUAGAUUAUUUUGCUUGAGAAACUGGGAAGCAAACUUGUUUCGGAGGAUUUAGAUUAAAUUUUUGAAAGUAAUUUUAUGAAUAUUGAAGGUAAUUUUGAAAGUAACUUUUU